UUCUUCUUAUUCAAAAACUAUAUUAUUACAUUUCAUAUCCCUCUCAGUUUACUAUUUGGCUUCUUCUUCUUCUUCUUCUCUCUCUCAAACCCUCUUGAACUAUAAACUCAUAUCAAUAAUAUCGAUAAUAUCCCCUCAUCACCACCCCCACACUCCUGCUCUCUAUCAGUCCUCUUAGCAAUCAGCUCCUACUUUGUUCAUCUUUUUAGUUCGUCCGUCAAUCCUGUCUAUCGAUAUCUUGUUUUUGUCUUGAUUUGGCCGGUACUGUUGUUGUUUCAUUCGUUUUUUCGGGUCAAUCUGAUUGAUCUUUUAUUGGAAAUAGAGUUUCUGAUUUUGUGGGUGAAGGGAGAUUAGGUAAUUACCCAUUUGCACGAGAGAGGAAAGAAAGAAAGAUUUCGAGAGAUGAUGCACAGAUGCAGUAGCUCUCAUGGAAACAUGGUGGGUCCUUGUUCAUGUGGUCUGUUUCAUACCCAAAGCAACUCUUUCUCCAUGUUGUUUUCUAUGCCCAACCAGUACCACAAAUCUUUUGAUGAAACAGACAUGUAUCCCUUUACGACGUCGUCUUCCCCUUCUUCCUCAUCUGGAGUUGACUGCACUCUCUCUCUUGGCACCCCGUCAACUCGUCUAAGCGAAGACGUCGACGAGAAAAGAAUCCGCCAUGAAAAACGCUCUACUGCUUCCUGCAUGUCAAACUUAUGCUGGGAUUUAUUGCAGCCCAAUAAUAAAACUGCAGUCUCUUAUGCACCGCAGUCUUUUAAGUCAAACAGCCGUGGGAACAACAGCAAUGGCGGCGGCUCCGGCAGCGAUCCGCUCCUCGCUCGCCGAUGUGCCAACUGUGACACCACUUCUACACCGCUUUGGAGAAACGGACCUAGAGGCCCUAAGUCACUUUGCAAUGCAUGUGGAAUUCGGUUUAAGAAGGAAGAGAGAAGAGCUACGGCUGCAAAUGCCAACGCUACAGCUGCACCAGGAGUAAUAGACCAGCACCAUGCUUACCACAAUAAUGGUGGCUCUUGGGUUCAGCACCACACACAGUCUCAGAGAAUGCCGUGCUUUUCUCCGGCGAAUGAAUUCAGGUUCAUCGAAGACGGCGAUCGAGAAGCUGCAGACACCGCCAUUCCUUUCCUUUCGUGGAGACUCAACGUUACAGACAGACCAAGCCUCGUCCAUGAUUUCACAAGAUAAAAAAAAAAAAAAAACACAGAAAGAAAGAAAACGACGUUGGUCAAGACUCCAGAUAUAUCAUAAAUCAUAUAUAUAUAUAUAUAUGUGCUGCAGUGCAUUACGUAGUAGUACUAAUUAUAUUCGUGACCACAACAGAGUUAUAUCAUUACGAAGGUGACGGUGACAUGGCGAUCGAUUUCGUUUGAAUUAGGUUCGAGUGAUGACGAUGGUUAAUGUGGUCUAGUGUCGUCGAAAUUCUUUACUUUUUUUUUUUCUUCGUUUUGAUUUCCUUUUGAUUAACUUCUUUAUUUUCUUUUUCCUUUUUUAAUUUUCUCCAUAGAUGGAGUGAAAACGGGAUAAUUCUAUGUUCCUU